AUGAAACCAGCCGCAAUCUUCAUGAUCCUAGCCGCUACUACCGUGGCCGCAAUGUGCUUCAGCGGGGGGAUGACAGCCGAUAAGGGCAAGUUUCUGAAGGAGGAGAUAAAAGAACUCAAGAAGAAGACUCGUAUGGAAAUUGUUUGCAACGCUAUUGCGGGCAGCGGCAAAAUGAAGUGGCAUAAGGGGGAGGAACGUCGCUUUUGCAUUCAAGAAAAGGAUGGGCUGAAGUGGGAUUUUAUGCUCAAGUACAUCAACUGGGGAACGAAGACUAUCCAAACCAAAGAGUGUAUGGACGGCAUGGGAAAGGAGGCAUACGGUUGUAAACACGGCGGGCAAACAGGCUAUUGGAACUGGGAAUACAUGGCUGAUCCUAAUCAGGGCUACUGCGAGGACCUUGGCUGGUUAUGA